AUGCUCUCUCAUGAGGAGUUAUACCCAUACUCGGAGCCAGUGGCCCGCGAGACAGUAGUGGCGUCGGGUGCCCUUACCUCGCUUCCCGUACGCAUCCACCGGCACAACGAUCUGGCUGACGCCGGUGCGAUAUGCCUAACGGGUGACUGGGGGCGGAUCAUGGGCGAUGGCCAGGACAAAAAGUCCAACGGCUCGCCGUGCGGCGUGGGCAAUUGGGGCAGCUUUAUCUGGCCCGAAAGUCUCCCGGACCGGUUAGGAUUGCUGUGCUAUCUUCUUGACGUUGGGUGUUUCCAUGAUGACGCUUGCGAAGAAAUGUCCAUCGCAGCAGCCCAAAUCGAACACAUGGACUUGGACGCAGCCAUGGACGUUUCCGACGCCCGCAAUCUGUCGGCGGACUCCCGCUCCGCCAAGACCAAGGAUCUCGUCUCGACGGCCAUUCUCGAAUGCGUCCAGGUAGACCGGGUCGGUGGCCUGCGCAUGUUGGAGGCGUACCGCAAAAAGUGGCUUGCCAUUAUGGAAACCUACGACACGGAAAAGAUAGAAACUCUGGACGAAUAUUUCGAGUCGAGGGCCAACAACGGCGGCAUGGGUGCAUACUACGCAAUGCUCGAGUUUUCCCUGGGCAUUGUCGUCACAGACGAGGAAUACCGUAUGAUGGCCGUUCCCAUACAGCACGUCGAACGGUGUAUGCUCCUCACCAACGAUUAUUGGAGCUGGCCGCGGGAGCGCGAGCAGGCAAAAACACAAGAAGCGGGCAAGGUCUUCAACACCAUCUGGUUCAUGAUGAAGCAGCACCCAGACUGGACUGAAGCCCAAGCAAAGCGCAAAGUUGCCGAAAUGGUUGUGGAGGAGGAGGCGAAGUGGGUGCAGUCCAAAGACGCCUUUUACGCCCAGCACCCGGGCCUGCGUCCGGAACUCAUCAAGCUCCUCGAGAACCUCCACACCGCGUUGGCAGGUAACGAUUAUUGGAGCUCGCAGUGCUACCGGCACAACGAUUGGACCCAUGUCCCGGAGCAGCCCGCACCUGGUCACCCGCAGGUCCAUGAGCUGGCCGGGCUGGGCAGGGCGAGGAUGCCGGGAGCCGAAAGCCCUGUGACUUCGGCGGUGGACGGGGGCAAGACUCUCUUGUCCGAGGAGAAGCUUGACUCGCCCGUCACAUCUGUCUCUUCGGUCUUUGACAACAUGGAAACCCAGGCAAAACCUGGUCCCAGCCGGGCGGAGGAGGUAAUUCAGGCCCCGAUCCGCUACAUCCAAUCCAUGCCCUCCAAGGGCUUCCGUUCUGCGCUGGUGGACUGCUACAGCCGGUGGCUGAACGUGCCGGCCAAAGAGAUGGAGAGCAUCAAGUCCGUCAUCAACUGCCUGCACGACUCGUCCCUGAUCUUGGAUGACAUCGAGGAUGAAUCGCGCCUCCGCCGCGGCUUUCCGUCCACCCACGUCGUCUACGGCGCGGGACCCGCCAUCAACAGCGCCACGUAUCUCUACGUUCAGGCCGUGCAAGCCGUGCACGACCUCGGCAGCCGGGAGAUGAUGGACGUGCUGCUCCGCCAGCUUCAGAGCCUCUUCCUCGGGCAGUCCCUGGACCUGCACUGGACCGCCAACCGUCAAUGCCCCACCAAGGCCGAGUACCUGGGCAUGGUCAGCCAGAAGACGGGCGCGUUCAUCUCCAUGGUGGCGGAGCUCAUGGUCGCAGCCAGCGACGUGCCUUCGUCCGACGAGACCCGGAGCAUCUUCGCGUCCUUCUCGCACCUCUCCGGGCUGUACUACCAGGUGCGCGACGACUAUCUCAACAUCACGUCGGCCGAGUACGCGGACAAAAAGGGAUUCGCCGAGGACCUGGACGAGCAAAAGUUUUCGUACCUGCUUGUGCAUCUGGCCCAUGCCCGACCGGACCUGAUGGUCCAGGUCGAGGGCAUCUUCCGCUCCAUGCGGGACGGCAAGGCCGAGGCUGCUGAAAGCAAAAAGUAUCUGGUCCAUCUGUUGCACCAGAGCGGCGCCGUCGAGGCCACCAAAAAGCUGCUGCUUGGGUGGCAGGAUGGCAUCGUCAAGGAGAUCGAUGCGCUCCAGGCCCAUUUUGGCACGCCAAACCCCAGCCUGAGGUUGUUGAUGGAGAGUUUGUGGAUUGACUGA